UCUGAGGCCACAAGCUUUUAUAUAUGUCUUCUUCAUACAUAACUUUGUUCAAAAUCAGUGGCAGCCAUGUUACUUCUCUCUUUUUAAAAAAAUUUAAAAAAUCUUACAUACUACAAAAACCCACUCUGAUUUUAUUUUCUUGGUUCUUGAAUUUCUGACAUAAGUUUUGUGUAAGUGAGUGAGUGCAAUUAUAGGAAAGCAUGAGGUUGUAGUGAGUUCAGUGUACUGUCUAUUUCUUAUGUUAGUAUUACAUAAUCCAAAAACUAACACAACUCAAACCAAGAUUGCCCUCUUCUUUUUGAAUCUUUCAACAAAUUAUUUAAUUUCAUAGAUCAUCACAUUUAAACCAUUAAAAAAACUUUAAUUUUGUAGCUUUUCUUGGAUAUUUCAAUGGAAAUAAUUAAGAAAAUGAUCAAUGCUCAAUUUUGUUCAGUUCUUGUUUUGUUUUUCUUGUUAAGUACUUCUUCAUAUGGAUUGUUAUCUUCUAAAGGUGUCAAUUAUGAAGUGGUGGCAUUGAUGAACAUUAAGAAUUCAUUGCAUGAUCCUCAUAAUGUUCUAAACUGGGAUGAAACUGCUGUGGAUCCAUGCAGUUGGACUAUGAUCACUUGUUCUCUUGAUGGUCUUGUUACUGGCUUAGGAGCUCCUAGCCAAAAUUUAUCUGGAAUUCUGUCACCAAGCAUAGGAAACUUGACAAAUCUUCAGCUUGUGUUACUGCAGAACAACAAUAUUUCAGGACAAUUGCCCUAUGAGCUUGGGAAGCUUUCAAAGCUAAAAACAUUAGAUCUUUCUAAUAACUUCUUCAACAGUCAAAUUCCCAAUACUUUUUCCAAUCUGAAAAACCUCCAAUAUUUGAGGCUCAAUAAUAACAGUCUUUAUGGAGCAAUUCCUCCUUCUUUGGCUAACAUGUCUCAGCUUUCAUUUCUGGACCUGUCAUAUAACAAUCUAAGUGCUCCGCUACCGGUUUUUCGAGCUAAAACAUUCAACAUUAUAGGGAAUACUCUGAUAUGUGGAACUCAGCAACAAUGUUCAGGAACCAUACAGACUCCAAAAUCUAUGAACUUGAAUAAUUCACAAAAUUCCGAGCCUUCUGGAAGUCGAAAAAGUCAUAAGAUCGUGCUGGCCUUCGGUUCGAGCUUGGGUUGCAUCUGUGUGUUGGUUCUGGGAUUUGGUUUUCUACUUUGGUGGAGGCAAAGGCAAAACCAGCAAAUAUUCUUUGAUGUUAAUGAACAACGUCACGAAGAACUCAAUCUUGGAAACCUGAAGAAGUUUCAGUUCAAAGAACUUCAGAUAGCAACAAAGAACUUUAGCAGUAAAAACUUGAUAGGAAAAGGUGGAUUUGGAAAUGUUUACAAAGGGCAUCUACAGGACGGAUCGCUCGUAGCGGUUAAAAGGCUCAAAGAUGGAAGUGGCUCCAUUGGAGGUGAGACACAAUUUCAGACUGAAGUAGAGAUGAUCAGCUUAGCAGUACACCGCAAUCUACUCCGUCUCUACGGAUUUUGCAUGACAGCAUCUGAAAGACUUCUCGUUUACCCUUACAUGUCGAACGGGAGUGUCGCUUCUCGCCUUAAGGCGAAACCAUCAAUCGACUGGAGCACGAGGAAACGAAUUGCCUUAGGAGCUGGUAGAGGUUUAUUAUACUUGCAUGAGCAAUGUGAUCCAAAGAUAAUUCACCGGGAUGUGAAAGCAGCCAACAUACUGCUAGAUGACUACUGUGAGGCUGUUGUCGGAGAUUUUGGGUUGGCAAAGCUGUUAGAUCACAGGGAUUCGCAUGUUACUACAGCAGUGAGAGGUACUGUAGGACACAUAGCUCCUGAGUAUCUCUCAACAGGUCAAUCGUCGGAGAAAACUGAUGUUUUUGGUUUCGGAAUCCUUCUGCUUGAGUUGAUAUCUGGAUUAAGAGCUCUUGAGUUUGGCAAAUCAGCAAAUCAGAAAGGGGCCAUGCUUGAUUGGGUUAAGAAGAUUCAUCAGGAAAAAAAACUUGAGCUGUUAGUUGACAAAGAUCUAAAAAACGCUUACGAUGUAAUCGAGUUGGAAGAAAUGGUUCGGGUAGCUCUACUCUGCACUCAAUUCAUUCCGGGGCACAGACCAAAAAUGUCAGAAGUUGUUCGGAUGCUUGAAGGAGACGGAUUGGCGGAGAAAUGGGAAGCAUCUCAGAGAGCAGAAGCAACAAGAUCAAGAGCCAAUGAGUUCUCAUCUUCGGAGCGAUAUUCUGAUCUCACAGAUGACUCUUCUUUACUUGUUCAAGCAAUGGAGCUCUCAGGACCCAGAUGACAUGAUUCUCAAAGACAUGUAUAUUACCAACCAUAGUGGAGCUUCAAAGCUCUGUCAAAAAAUCCUGAUUGUACAGAAAUCAGAUCUGAACGACAUAUAGUUGAGCGUUACUCGUCUUUUUAAUUGUUGAGUGAAGAAUUUUUCUUCUAUUUUCUUGUAACAAUAUAAAUUAUCCCUUCAAUAAAAUUUUCAUAGUAACUGAGACCAA